UAUUGUGUAUCGGCAAAACAAUUUUAGGAAUGCGCUUUUAAAAUGAAGCAUUUUUUCUCUUAAAUCCAAAUGGAUGAUGUUCCCCGCUAUUGCAUUUAACGAUUCAUUAACGUUGAGGAUAAACUAGUUUUUCGGAAUUUUGUUCAACUGAAUGCAUUUGCCUGCGGCUGAAUGCAGCACAAAGAGAUAGAGAUAUAAUUCUAACGGUCAAUGUCAUUUAACGAUCAGCCAGAUAGCGAUAAAAUCAGCUUCUUUGAUAAGUAAUAGGGGGAGAGUGUGCACUAAAGAUUAUCAGACUUGAAGAUCCAUGGCGCAUGCGCGAUCAUUUGGUUUCAAUCAGAAGAGUUUUUCGAAACCUCCAAGAUGGCGGUACCUCUAGGAGGUGUUACUGAAUUCAACAAGUUGAAAAAGUGGGAAAUUUAAUCAAGUAAAUGAUGGCUUUCAUAUAAAUCGGUAAAAAGCCGUAGGAAAUAUAGAACGGAAUACAAUUCUCACAUCUGUUCCACAGGAUUAUCGUUAUACAGUGUUAAUGGCGUGCUAGCGCAGAAAUUAGAAUCCGUGAUUUUAACAUCACCGUACACAAACUAUUAUUCGAGAAGAUAUUAUUACGGAUGAAGUUAAAACGUCCUCUGUGACGGGAGACAUUGUUUAAUGGAAUCUCAUGUGCCCGUUCAACGCUGGAAACGAGAAUAAGUAAUGUGAUCUCAUUUUAAUGCAUUCGCUGUCUGGAUAUUUUUUUUUCUUUUAGAUUUAUGAAAUAGAACUUUCUAGGCAAAAUAUAGAUAUUGAAAAUAAAAAUCACGCGUGAACAUUUUACGUUAAAUUUUCUCUUUGCGUUGAGUUUCUAUGGUAACUUGACCAUUUGUUCCUAUUUUAUACAAUACACACGAAUCAAUGUAUUUAAUAACAGCGUGGAUUUCUUGAUAAAACGAUAAAUUAGUUUGCCUUCAGGUCUCAUUUAGCUAUAUGUAUUAAUUAAACAUUGGAUUCCUGUAUAGCGCUAUCAUGAAAUCUGCUUCCAGGGAAUAUUCUAUAACAAUAAUUAGUAAUCAAGGGCAGAAUGUUUACAGCAAAAAGUCUGGAUUUAUAUGUGUUUAUACGUUACAAUCUGGAUCACUUGUCUACAUGAACGGUAUCAUCAAGUACAAAACUCGAUAAAAACUUCAAUAUGGAAUCCUCCACCGCCAAAAUGAGCUGUGCAUGUACCUAGAUCUAUAGGUAAAUAGAUUAGAGUAUCUGUACAGAGCUGCUGGUCUGACAUACCGAAGGCAUAUGUGUAAUCGUAGGUAAUUCAGGCUUGGAUUUAUGUUUAUUUAUCUAGGAAACAUAGCAGAAUAAUUUGCCAGAACGUAUACUACCGGAAGAUUUUUAAAACUUGGUGAAAAAUAGUGGAUCUAACUACUGGAUGUAAUAUACCCUAAGAAAUGAAUUGGUACACCAGGAGUUGAACAGUUUGGAAUUUAAGUGUUUUCUUUAUCAAAUCUUGGAAUUAGAGUGAGAAGUGAGAAGGUGUGCUGUGAAAUUCCGAGAACCGGCACAAAAUCGUUUAUUUAUGUGGAAUUUUCGUGUCUUGUAAAGGUAAUGAACAUAAUGUAAAAGUCGUGAAACAAAGGAAUAUACACCUGGAUGAGAAAAGAACUUGUUUAAAAAAAAAGUACGUGUACGUGUUUGAUUAAAGUAGUAUCACGUGUUUGGCAGAAGGUCAAGGUCACUUCACUACACGUGAUAUGACGGAGCCCUGUAAAAUUGACCUGGAUGUGUUCUCAGUCGCAACACCGUUACCCUGGAAACUAUGGUCAAUACAGGACGACAUGGAGACAUCAAGUUAGAGUAUAAACCAUGUCAGAAGCACAGCGCAUGCUCGGAAUAUAUUGUACAAAGAGGGUCGUCUCCUUUGUCGCACAAUCAAAACGGGUCAAAUAACAAAGUUCAUGCACACAAUACCUCAGAAACAGCUCGCAAUAAACAGCCACCUGACAACAUUACAUUGUACAAAUAUCAUCAAAUUGCACCGGAAUCACCUUCAUACAGCUGUAUCUCCCCUACAUGUCAUGUGGGUGGGGAAUCAAACAACCAGUUACUGGAUACAUUGCCAUAUCUUGAAAUACCCUUAUCACAUGGGUCAAGGUCAGUAAGUACUUUUCGUUCAAAAAGUCCAGAAUUAUACUCAGUACCAAGAUUAUUUGGAAGUUCUAGACUGAAGCUUGCCAUUUUAAGCAUAAUCAUAUCAAUGUUGUUACUGUGUAAGGGCUGCACGUGCUUCUGCUCAGAGAAUUUGGCUGUGUCGGUGCCGUUAAAUCCGUAUUUAACCCAAUUCAAUGAAUCCAAUAUGGCGGCCGUUUCCGGGCAGUGCCUUACAGUGACCGGAAGUUUAGUGGAUUCAAUAUGUGAACAAUCAAAAAAGGAGAAAAGUCGUAGUGCAUUGCUCCGUGAUUUAAGCACAGAUUUUUGUGGGCUUCCGUUAGAUAAUAUUUUAUCACCGCAAGAAAAAAACAGUGUGCAAUGUGCACGCGAUAAUGGCUGUGGACGAGUGAUAAAUCGCGUGCAGGAAAUAGAUGAGGAAUUACGUAAAAUGUAUUGUCAAUUCUCAGAUGUACUAGAAAGGAUAGAUUGUGGAGAUAUGUUCCCAACAACUGGUGAUUGUGAUCUAUGUAAGGCUGCCUAUAGGCAAUGGUUGUGCUCAGUUUAUAAUACCUACUAUAUCAAAGGUGAACAAAUAAAACCAUGUAAAGACGUCUGUGAUCACGUGUCAGAAACAUGUCCGUUCUUCCGUCCGCACGGAGAAACUCUCAUAGGAGAACCGGGGUUCUUAUGCAAAGAUUCAAAAUCUGUUGCGGAUGCUGCUGCUAGUGUUUAUGGUCCGGCCGGGUGCUGCUAUAAGCCGUAUGAGGUAUUCGAGAUGUCCGGUACCGAAGAAAUUAACUAUGCGGAUACAGUGACUUCAAAUUGUACAGCUAUAUCAAAAAGUUCAUCAUCUGUGCAUAGUUCACCAAAUCGUGUUUUAUAUGUGUUGAUUAUAUGCUGGAUUACAAGCUCAUGGUUCCGACACAUAACAUUUCCAUGGAAUAAUAGUAUAGGAUUAACAUAGCGUACACAUUACACAUAUGUAGGUAUAUUAUAAUUAUGUGACUUGUGAACAUGUUUUGUUUUAGACAGUUUUAUUGCCCUGCAUAGAUAUUCCCAGACGAAAAAACUAAACGAAUAUCAGCAUAAUGACUUUUGUAUGUACAUUUCGGGAUUUAAACUCAUAAAGAGACAGUUUUAAUGAAAUUUGUAUAUCAUUUUCUGAUGUUAAUGUAAAGGGAUAGGCACCAUUGCUCGUGCUGUCUGCCUGUCUGCUAUGUGUUUGAUUAUUCAAGACAUAGACUUUAUUUUCAGAAAUGGCUAAAAUGAACACUGUCGUAAAAGAGCAGCCGUUUUUUUUUUUCAAUGCGACGUAAAACAAUAUGAUUGAUUGUAUUUUUUCAUUCU